UGUCGACGGGCAACGUGCGCCAUCUUGAACCGAAACAAAAAUUACGGGCAGAUCCCGCUCGCGCUCCUCCCGUGCGUCUCUCCGCACGCGCUCUCAUCCCGCGCUCGUUCACACCGCGAUCGCCUGGUUCAGCUCGCGAAUAAGCCGCACUGAAGGCUCGAGGCAGAGACAGAGGCGAUCAUGGCAGGGGUCGGUGGAAGCAAUGACUUCCAGUGGUGCUUCUCCCAGGUUAAAGGAGCCAUAGACGAAGAUGUUGCAGAAGCGGACAUUAUUUCAACUGUUGAAUUUAACUAUUCUGGGGAGUUACUAGCCACAGGAGACAAAGGUGGAAGAGUUGUCAUAUUUCAGCGGGAACAGGAGAGUAAAAACCGCUCACUCUCAAGAGGGGAAUACAACGUAUACAGCACUUUUCAGAGUCAUGAACCUGAGUUUGAUUACUUGAAAAGUUUAGAAAUUGAGGAGAAGAUCAAUAAAAUCAGAUGGCUCCCACAACAGAAUGCUGCACACUUUCUGCUCUCCACAAACGACAAAACCAUCAAACUAUGGAAAAUCAGCGAAAGGGAUAAACGAGCAGAAGGAUACAACCUUAAAGACGAGGACGGAAGACUGCGAGAUCAGUUUCGAAUUACAUCACUACGGGUUCCUGUGUUGAUGCCGAUGGACUUGAUGGUGGAAGCCAGCCCACGCAGAAUAUUCGCAAACGCACAUACAUAUCACAUCAAUUCCAUUUCAGUAAAUAGUGAUUAUGAAACAUACCUUUCUGCAGACGACCUCAGAAUAAACCUCUGGCAUUUAGAAAUCACAGAUAGAAGUUUUAACAUUGUAGAUAUAAAGCCAGCCAAUAUGGAGGAGCUGACGGAGGUGAUAACAGCGGCCGAGUGCCACCCACAUCAGUGUAACGUCUUUGUAUACAGCAGUAGUAAAGGAACCAUUCGCCUCUGUGACAUGAGGGCUGCCGCACUCUGCGAUAGACAUAGCAAAUUUUUUGAGGAGCCAGAAGACCCUAGCAGUCGGUCGUUCUUCUCGGAAAUCAUCUCCUCUAUUUCCGAUGUCAAGUUCAGCCACAGCGGCAGAUACAUGAUGACCCGCGAUUAUCUCUCCGUGAAGGUCUGGGAUCUGAACAUGGAGAACCGGCCCAUAGAGACCUACCAGGUACACGAGUACCUACGUAGCAAGUUGUGCUCACUCUACGAGAACGACUGCAUUUUUGACAAGUUUGAGUGCUGUUGGAAUGGUUCAGACAGUGCCAUUAUGACUGGUUCCUACAACAACUUCUUCAGGAUGUUUGACAGGAACACACGCAGGGACAUCACACUGGAGGCCUCACGGGAGAACAGUAAACCCCGUGCCAUGCUCAAACCACGCAAGGUCUGCACUGGUGGUAAAAGGAAGAAAGAUGAAAUCAGCGUGGACAGUCUGGACUUCAACAAGAAGAUCCUACACACCGCCUGGCACCCGAAAGAGAAUGUCAUAGCUGUGGCUGCCACCAACAACCUCUAUAUAUUCCAGGACAAAAUGAAUUAAAAAGAGAAAGUGAUUUAAAAAAUAAAUAAACCUGACAAAAUCAAGAUAAAGAAAUAUCUCCCCAUCCCUGUUUACCACGACACAGAUCGGAGGACACUCAAAAUCUUGUACUUUGCAAUGUUAAGCCUAGUCGUUAAAUCUGUAAGAGAAAAAUGGCCGUUUCGUCCUGAUGAAGAAUUGAAGCACUUUUUUUUCAUGCGUAGACAAGGGAGACCGUAUAUUUUCAGUAGGGCAAAAUGAUUCACAAUGAGAACGCCGAUAUUAACCUCAAGCAACGGAACUGAUGAACACCAAUCAGCAUAAAGAGGCUAGAUCAAGUCAUAUGCAUAUUCGUCUUUCGGCUGAGCCUUACGUUUUUAUGAUUUGAUGACCUUAAGUAUGGAACUUACCACAGGAUGAGUAUCGUCUCGCUGUCAAAGUAGUAUGUACUUCAAAAUCAGACCUUCAUGAUGUUUUGUUCAUGGCUGUUAACAUUCCUUCCCCUGGCCCAACUCUCAGGCCUCGAUGUUCUACCUUUUAAGCACUUAAACAGGUCUCCAUUUUUGUCAGUGGACAGUUUUCGUUUUUCUUUCGUUUUUUUUGGGUUUUUUUUCUGUUUUUAUUUUGUACUUUUUCUUUUUUUUCCAUGCAUAAUUAUAUCUACUCACUAACUGUAUCUAUAUAUUACACCAUCUGGUGUCAAACCACUUAAUAAAAGUAACAUAACGACAAAGAAAAAGCGUUUUUUUACAUUGUGAGCAGGUAUGUAUGAAGUUCCAUAUUUGCAUGUAGAUCUGUAGCGCAAGUGGUAAAAAUGUGAAAUCAACCUGCUGUUCCCGUAUUGGCUGCAUUAUAGGGGAAUUCCACCCAAAAAUAAGAAAUGAGUAAAUGAAAUUGUCGUAUACAGCAACAAAUUCUUGGCCUGCUUUCUAGUCUAAAAAAUCAUAAUUAGUAUUUUGUAAUGUUUUUCAGAAACUAUCUAAACAUCCUUAAAACUAGAUCUGUUUACUUGAUCCAAAAUUGUGUAAGAUAAUAAGAGUUGUUUGCAGAGAAUAUAUCUUAAGUUUAGUUUUCUUUUUGUUGAAAUCAAAUUUAUCUUGUUUAAAAAGUGUAGCCACAAGAUAUAAACAUCUUACACGUUUACAUGAUUUUAAUGCGAUACAAUCAUUUAC